AUGUCCACCACAAAAAUUAUUCAUUGGUCAAUUUCAAAGUAUUUUUUAGGAACUCGUCAAAUCCAUCCUUACGCUCUAAUAAUCCUGAAUCAACCUAUUUCACUUUGGGAUAAACAUUUUCAUACCAUAUGGGAAAAUGGUGAUUUAGAUUCUUUAAGAGAUGAUGUUCGAAAAUUUUACAUUUCACGAGGUACAGAAGUUCAACAAGAUCCUGAUCAAAACACAACGGAUUUCAUGAAAUGUAUUGAUUUGGUUCGUAAAAAAGAACAGGAAUCAUCUGAACCAUCUUUAAAGUAUGAAAUAAUAGCUUUAGGUGCUUUUGGAGGUCCCAAUUGUGGAAUAAUACCUAUUGGUAUAGAAAGAGCUAUUGUUACAACUACUGGAUUGGAAUGGAAUCUUGCUAAUAGUCCUACAUCAUUUGGUGAAAUGAUUAGUACAUCAAAUCAUCUAAUUGAUGAUGUAAUAACAAUCGAAACCGAUUCUCCUGUUUUAUGGACUAGCGUUGCGUUUCAUCAACGGGUUUCUAUUUAA